AGGGGGCGGUGCCGGGCUCGAGCUCGACCCAGUUUGAAAGUGAAGCAACGUCUCCAGUCGCUGCUCCAGCCACCAAACAACAACAAGAACCCGAGAGUCCUAAACCCGAACACCGACCCACAGUCUGCUUCAGCCCGUAGCCGGCCCUCCUGACCAGCCACCAGUAUGAUGCGCAAAGACGUCAACAAGCCGAAGGGGAAGACGUCGGCGUACGCCUUCUUCGUCCAGACGUGUAGAGAGGAACACCGCAAGAAGAACCCUGAACAGUCGGUCAACUUCGCCGAGUUCUCCAAGAAGUGCUCUGAGAGAUGGAAGGCUCUGUCUGCCAGUGAUAAGAAGUGUUUCGAGGACAUGGCGAAGGCCGACAAGGUGCGUUACAACAGGGAGAUGAGCGACUACGUCCCGCCCAAAGGCUUCGGAAAGAGAGGCCGCAAGAGGAAAGACCCCAACGCACCCAAGAGACCCCCGUCAGCGUUCUUUGUGUUCUGCAGUGAGUACCGUCCCAGUGUGAAGCAGCAGUAUCCUGGUCUGUCUAUAGGAGACUGUGCCAAGAAGCUGGGAGAGAUGUGGAGCAAACUGUCCCAGUCUGAGAAACUACCCUACGAGGAGAAGGCCCAGAAACUACGGGAGAAAUAUGACCGGGACAUGGUGGCGUAUCGCGGCGGCGGCACGUAUGCCAGGAACCCCGGGUCUUCAGCUCAGGGAGGAGAGGAAGAGGAGGAUGAUGAAGGAGAAGAUGAAGACGAGGAGGACGACGAUGAUGAGUAGAGAGAAAGAGCUGCAGCUGGAUGAGUGUGUUAGAGAGAGAGAGACAGGUAGGUGUGUGUGUUUCAGAGGUGAGACGGUACGUCACAGCUGAUUGGUUAGGAGAAGGAAGGAAGGGGCGGAGCCUCACAGCAGCUGACGGUCUGUCCUCGGAUACUUCCUGCUGCAGCUGAUUUCAGGCAGAGAAGAAGAGGGACAGGUGAUGGUGAAGGUGAGCUCAGCUGAACAACAGGUAGUUCAGCUACUAGCCAAUCAGGAGCAUCUAUUCUGUGAGUCUGUGGUGUCAGGUGUCAGACAGGAAACAGGAAGUGCACCUGCAGUCCAGGGCAGAUCAGGUCAACAUCAGAAACACAAGAACCAACCCAGGCGGACCGCCAGCCCCGGUCCCACCGGGCACCGCAGCUGUUCAUGUUGUAGUCAGUGUUUGAAACCUCACCGGGUCGCCGUGGUCCGGUUCAGAACCAUCUCCACGCCCGGCUCCACAGGAAGUCAGACAUAGAAACAACAGAGAAUGCUGUAGACUUUCAAAAUAAAACAUCCUGUACCAACUUUAGAUUGUAAAACAGUUUAACUAUAUUUAGAAGAACAUGAAGCAGGAAAUGACCAAAUCUGAGGCAGGUAACAGUGUGGAGGGACAACGAACGCUCCAUGUGGGUUUGAAGUCGCGUAGAGACUGAUGGACUGACGGAGGCGUCAUGGAGACGAGCCUGGUGGAGUUUCGGGGUCAGACUGUCAGAAAGCAGCUGGUUGAGGUCAGAGGUCACGUGACUUCAUUCACAAACAGGAUCAGCUGUUAGCAGGUCACAUGACUCGACAGGUUGGUCAUGUGACCUGCUAACAGCUGAUCCUGUUUGUGAGUUUAUCUGUUUAGAAACACGUCGCUCUGAAACACACCCACAGGACCAGAGCGAGAGAGAGAGAGUGUUUGUGCGUGCGUGCGUUUGUUUGUUUGUUUGUUUAUGCGCGUGUGUGUGUGUGUUGGUCAUCAGAUGAUAGUAAAGUAACCCCCCACCACCACUGUUACCAUGGUUACCCCCCCCACCCAACCUCCACCCGUGUGUUGCCAUGGAAACCUGCUCCUGCUCUUCAUGUUGUUGUUUUUUAUUUUCUAAUGAAGUUUAUUAAAGUUUGUUCAGUUCUUCACUGUCAGAGUAGAAACGUCAACUUUUAUAAUAAAACAACCACCUGAGGGAAAAACA